AUGUCGACCUCACUCGCUUUGCAAGCCUUUACCGCAUCCCUGGCGGGCAUCGCGAUCUACGUGUCCAACAACGAUCCCAGCGGGUCUAUCGAGAAGCCAGCGGCAAGCUGGGCCUCAGGCGAGGAGCAGCAGGAAGACCGCAUCCUCAAGCCGAAAGAUUCCCAGUCGAUCAUCCGCCAGGUAGAAUAUUUCCUGUACAUGAAAGGCUCCGCCAUAUCCGGUGGCGCUCAAGGCGUCUUCUUGUUGAAGCUCUUCUUGGAUUCUCGCAAUGUGCGACCGAUCGAUCUGGUGCAUGCGCGUCCUUCAAACGCAUACUUGACGGCCAUCACCCCACUCUACAUCAGCACCAUCUUCGCCGGUGCUACACGGUAUUGGUGCUACAGGGCAUUGAAGGAAUUCUUCACCUUCCGUCUGCAGAUCAAAGACGAGCAAAAUCUGGUCAAGACCGGACCCUACAAGCACCUCGCUCAUCCUUCUUAUUUCGGUCUCUUCUUUGCUUACAUAGGCAUGACGACUGUCUUGCUGGGACCUCUCAACGUUCUCGUCUAUUUGCUGGACGAUAAGCCGCUCUUCGAGUCAGCCACUUAUGCUUUGCCUUCUUGGCUGGUGGAAAUUGUUGGAGGCGUCAAAAGCAUCAGUCUCAAUCCUCGCGGUAUUGCGCGCGCUGUGCUCUGUCUCGAAGCAAUUCAGACGCUGAGGACAGGGCUGUGGGUCGUUCCAACAAGGAUUGCCGACGAGGAGAGCAUGAUGCGCAAGCAUUUUGGUCAAGAGUACGACGAUUACCUCGCCAAGCGAUGGAGAGUGUUUCCAUUUGUCUGGUGA